UAUUAUAAUAGGGAUUAAUUUGGCUGCGUGGCUUAUUUGGGUUUGCCUUUAACUGCCUGGCUUGUAAUCAGAGCAAAGUGAAUGCUGCUGGAGCUUCGUUUCCUGACUUCCCUGCUUGUUCACCUGGCAUUAACCAUCACUGGGGUUUUAAUUAACAUGUACAAACCAGCAUCUCCUGCUGGGAAUUUGGGAAUUUCCUACUCCAGACAGGAUCCCUCCCCACGGGGAAGUCUCAUCCCUAUCACAAGGACGCUGAAAUCCCUUUCAUUUUGUAAGCCAUCACGUCUUUCAACAAACGUCUUCAUGGGAAAAUCUGAUUUUCCCUCCUUUGGUUUCAUCCUGGCCGUUGUAUCGGCACUGUGUGGUUUUAUGGUUUUGAUGGGUUGAUGGUGGUCUUUUCCAACCAUAAUGUUUCUAUGAUUCUGUGAUAUUAUUUUGUCCAGCCCACCCUCGGGUCUCUGAUAGGGCAUCCCUGGUUUGGGGUUGUUUCACUCUUUUCCCCAGGUUUAUCCAUGUGCAGGUCAAUAUUUCAAGCCAGGAGCAUCCAGCAUCUUCCUGCCCACCGAAGUGGAGCUGACCCAGCCCAGGGGCAUUUUCCAGGUCCUGUUUUGCCCCAACGUGGGUGUUGGGGACCCUCGGUUGGGAGAACACAGCAUGAAGGCUUUGGUUUUGCCUCAGAAAGCAGCCGUCCUUCCCUACGGCACUUUUUAUUUCUUUUGGCUGCGCUCUUGUAAAGCUGGAGCAGAUUAAAAUACGGUCCUCCCCUACCACGCUCCCAACAAAAACAAAACAAAACAAAACAAAAAGAAAACCAAAAGCUUGGCUCCUCAAAAUCAUCCGAUUUCAGUCCUUUUAAAGUUAACAGUUUCCUGGAUCCCUGCACAGGAUUUUUUAGCUUCUCAUUUGGUCGCAGGACCAAUGUAGAGGAUGAACCCGUUGCAUGUUCCUUGUGUGCCUAGGGACUGUCCAAAGGAGAAUGAGCCCCUGUAGGAGAUGAUGGCUACUUUGGGGGCAUCCUUUUGGGGCAAAAUACUGAUAACACUAGAAAGAUGGAGCUCUCAUUGCAGAGAUCUUUGAAGGGCUCGGCUUGUUUUCCUAUGGCUUUGGGCCAGCUGUGGUGAUUUGAGGCCCUGGAGCUUGUCCAGAGAAGGGUAACAGAGCUGUGAAGGGACUGGAUCUCAAGUCUUAGGAAAGACAGCCAAGGAACUGGGAUGGGUCAGAUUGGAGGAGAGAAGGCUCCAGGGAGACCUUAUGGCUCUGUACGAGACCCUGAAAGGAGGUUGAGGUCAAGUGUGGGUCGGCCUCUUCUCCCACGUAACAGUGAUGAGAGGUGUUGGCCUCAUGUUGUGCCAGGGAAGGUUCAGGUUGGAUAUCAGUGGUGAUGCAUCUGCAUAGCUGCCCAAAGAAGUGGUGGAGUCAUCAUCCCUGGAGGUGCUCCAGAACCGUGGAGAUGUGGCACUCAGAGAUGUGGCCAGUGGUCAUGGUGUGGGUGGGUUGGACUUGGGGAUCUUGGAACCCUUUCCCAACCUCAGUGAUUCUGUGAUUCUAUGGUUCUGUUUCUAUUCUGUUUGAGCAAAGCCAUGGAAGUUCAGGGUCUAGAUGAGAUUGCCCAAAAUGCCCAGACACCACUACUUUGUUCUCAGUUCACCAUCAGCACUGCCUGUAGCCCUCAGUCUGAUUAGGAGGAAUGUUACGAGGAGUUUAAAACAGAAAGAAUCAGUCCUGUGCUGGUUGGUUGCACUGUUUCUUCUUGGAGAUCUCUGCUUGGUUUGAGUGCUUGGUUCAGUAUUGAAUUGUUUUGUGGAUAGGGCUCAGUGCAGUGUCCCAGUACUUGGUACCAGGGUGCACUGUGGUGUUUGCAUCCCCUUUUAAUUCCCUUAACUCUCUCACCCUACAGAAACAACUCAGUUCUUCGAGGCAAGUGCCACAGCUGCAGAGUCUCCUGUGCAUUCUGGUGAUGGGGACAGGAUCCAUCCAUGUUGAUCAACUUGGUUGAGUUGAGUUGUGCUAGUAGUAGGAUGGAGCUCCUGUUGUAGGGACUUUUGUAGGGCUUUGGUUGAGUUGAGUUUGGGUUAAACUCUGUAUAUAUAGGUGCUGCUUUGCUGUGGAACUGUGCCAGCAGCACUCGAUGGUAUGGGUAAUUUCCAGGAGUUCCCCUUUCUUCUGAAUGCUGAAUUCAUCCCUUCUGGGAGUCCCUGGUUCACUGCAGGUGAGUUGGACUACAUGACCUUUAAAGGUCCCUUCCAACUCAUAUGAUUCUAUGAUGAAUCCAGGCCAUCCAUCCAGGCUGGAUGUGGCUCUGGGCAGCCUGGUCUGGUGGUUGGUGAUCCUACCUGUGCCAGGGGGAUUGAAACUGGAUGAUCCUUAUGGCCUUUUCAACCCAGGCCAUUCUUUGAUUCUGUGAUGACUCCAGCAACCUGCAGCUCAGAUCUGGUGCUUUUCAGCUUUCAUUCCUCAGGAUAUCCUUACCCAGAUCCCAUGCUUUUGCCCCAUCCUCACUUCCUCCCCAAAACCCACAUCCACACACAGCUGAAAACUCCCUGCUUUGGGGGAAUUUUGUUGUUCCUCAGGGCAUUUAAUCUGCAAAACAGGCUGCAGGUGGUUUCCCCAUGUGUUGUGAAGCUGGCACUGCCCACCUCCCGUGGGCAGUAACUGAUGAAAGGAAAACCAGAUAGGGUUUGUGACUUCCUCCUUGAAGCUGCGGGUGGGGAACUUUGUGUCUGGCCAGAGAUGUUUGUGGAUAUUCAAGGCUGAACGGCUCCGCGCUGAAGAUUUGACAGCAAUGCAAAGUCAUUGGGCUGCUCUUCCACCUGGUUCCAGAAUGAAUUUGAUUGAAAAAGGGACAUUGGGGGUGUGCUGAACAUGCCUCCAAUCCAUCAUCCCACAGGAGAAGGGAUGGGGCUUGUGCUGAUGCUGGAGGUCGCUCGUUGGUCCUACCCAUGAGCUCAGAUUUCCAGCAUUACAGUUUCAGGAUGCCGAACAUCGGGUUCCAGAACCUGCCUCUCAACAUAUAUAUCGUGGUUUUUGGCACGGCCAUCUUCGUCUUCAUCCUCAGUUUACUGUUCUGUUGCUACUUGAUCAGGCUCAGACAUCAAGCACACAAAGAGCUUUACGCCUACAAACAGGUAAUACUGAAGGAGAAGGUGAAGGAGUUGAACCUACACGAGAUCUGUGCCGUUUGCUUGGAGGAAUUCAAGCCCAAGGACGAGCUGGGGAUCUGCCCGUGCAAACAUGCCUUCCACAGAAAGUGCCUCAUCAAAUGGCUGGAGGUGCGCAAGGUCUGCCCGCUCUGCAACAUGCCGGUGCUGCAGCUGGCACAGCUGCACAGCAAGCAGGACCCAGGCCCUCCUCAGGGUCCCCUACCUGGAGCAGAGAACAUCGUAUAGCUGUGCAUCAGCACGGACUGCCCCGGGGUACCUGGAGACGACCAAAGCACUACGGCACCAGCAAAGGAGCCAAGCUGGGGACGGGAGGAUGGAGAGCUGAGAGCACUUUAGGGAAGUAGCAUCCCUGCGCCCCAAAACGGUGCUUGGCCUCGGAAUGGGGUUUUCCUCAGUGGGAACAAGGAGCUCAGUGACUGUCGGGAAGCCUCAACGUGAUGCCUUGGGAUGGAGCUGUGCCUGAAUGCACUCAUCCCCCUCUGAGCAUCACCCAGGAGAGCCGGUGUCCGUCCCGCGCGGUGCUGUGGGCUCAGUGCCAUCCAAGGGGGGAGUUUUUCACCCCCGAUUGCCAUCCCUACUGAGGAUUGCAGUUUCUCCUCCCAAAGGGCCGCCCAGGGUUUGGAGCCGGGUGCUUUUUGGGGUGGCUUCCCCCCCCGUUCCCCUGCUCAGUGCCAAGGGCUACCUCAGGGCUCCCUUCAUCCCCGCCAUGGGGCAGAGCAUCUCCCAUUGGUGCAACCACCUGGCAUCACAGCAAGGUGGGGGCAAACCCUGCCCUUUGGGUUCACGUUGAGCCUGGCUCUUUAGGUUUCCAAGCACGGAUGGCUCAGCAUCACCCAAAGUCCCUCCCCGAGUGCCAAAGCUGCUGGGGGCUGCACCACCCCCUCCUCUCCUUUCACCCCAUGGGGUAAAUUCAGCCCUUUUCCAGGCAUCGUUCCCCACCCCCCCCCAACCCUGCAGCUCUUUAUGGGGGAGGGGGGGGGUCCCAGUUUUACCCCACAGCGGGGCUGGGUGGGCUCUGGGGGGGUCCCUCCUGUACAGACCCUGCGACUCCCAAGCCUGUUUAUGGAGCGUGGAGCCUCAUAGACGUCUUUGUACACUACAAAUUCUGCAGCAGAAUAUUUUUUUAAAAACGUUUGCUGUUUUUUUUUUUUUGGUUUUUCUUUUUUUUUGGAGGGGGGAGGGAGGUUUUUUUUGUUGUUGUUGUUUUGGGGGGCUUUUUUUUUUUUUGUAAGCUCUAUUUUUGUAUAUUUAAUUGCUGUUUCAAGAUUCUAACGCGUCUUGUUUUGCUAAUCACACUAUUCUUAAGGAAAAAAAAAAAAGCAAAGGAGGAGGUUUGCAUGUGAUUUGACUUGAAAUGUAAAUAAAGGCAGGUUUUGGA